UUUGUAUUUUUGCAACACUCUUGACCUGCCCCCUAUUCAUGAGUGUGCGGUGCAUUACAGCGCGUCUUUGCAGGCCUUGUUUCGAUACCCGGCUAACCCGGCCACAGUGGCGGGAGCUUACGAAGCGAUUUCUUAUCGCCAGCUGUCUGCGAUGGCGCGCCUGGUAAAGCGUAUAAAUUUAGCUCGCCGGUCUCAAAAUGCUCCUUUUGCGAAGUUUUCGUCGUCCUUGCACGUCGCUUCUUUGUCACCGUUCGGUAAGAUUUGCAGCCCGCUGCACCGCUGCGGCAGUUUUCUCGGUUUUGUCGUUUCCUUCGGCGUGCGGCCAGUGCGAAGUCUUUUUCCGUCUUCGCACGCUUCGCGCUCUUCUUUUGAAGCGCUUAGCGCUUCAUUUCAAGAUGAGCUUGCGGCAUGUGAAGAAACGAUGCUCCGUGGUACACUGCGACAGCGUGGAUAGUACCAUUGGUGUCACGCUACACCGAUUCCCGCUGGACUUUCACAGGUGCCGAGCGUGGGCGCAGUUCUGCCGCAACGUCAGCCUGGAGAAGGCGCCGUCGCAGCUACGAGAACUCAGGAUUUGCUCGAGGCACUUCGAACCAUCUGUGUAUCUGCCGUCAGGAAGGCUGCGACACGAUGCUUUGCCUACUCGAGCAAGCAUUGCCGACACCUCAAGCGAAUGCAGCAGCGACAUGGACUGUUCACAAUCUCUGAGCGAAACUUCGGCAUCAGUGCGCCGGGCUGGAGAACCAGCUGCUGUCUCCGGUGAACCUGUUUCCAAGGGGUACGUCCAGAGUCGGCCGUCCCAGUCGCUGCUACUCUUCCAAGAAGAUGCAGAUGGUGCCAGCCCUACUGGUUCUACGCUGAACCAAGCUUGUUCCCCCGCCAGUGGCUUCAUAAUGGUUCAGUGUAAGUGUUAA